AUGGAGUUUGUUCUGGGAUUGGCUAACCAUGUGAAAUCCAGUGGAUUAGAAACAAGUCAAGAACUUAAUGGUGAUCAUGCAAUGAUUGUGUCCGCUGAUCAGUUGCUCCAGCCGGAUGUGAAGGGCAAAGAAGUUUUCGACCAACCGGAUAACGAUGAGAAUAUGCUGCCAGAACAGAUGAAUGUCGACCAUUUCUUGUUCCUGAAGCACAUUGGAAAUGGAGCUUAUGGAGAGGUUGCUGCCGUUGAGAAAAAAACUGGAAAGGACAAGGGGACCAUCUACGCGAUGAAGGCUAUGGAAAAAAAGAAGAUGAUGAAACACAAGGAAAUGGUUGAUCACGAGUGGAGAAUCCUCACGACAAUCGACAGCCCGUUCUUCAUGACCAUGAAAUACGCAUUUCAGUCAGCUCGCCAUAUACUCUUUGUGAUGCCAUUAGCUGGAGGUGGUGACUUGCUGACAAACAUCGAGAUGAUCAAAGGAGACAAACCAGAUGAUGACAAAAACAAAGAGUUGUUGAAAGACGAUCAAGCGUUUUUCUAUCUCUGCGAACUUGUUGAAGCGGUUGGAUAUCUUCACAAAAAGCAGAUUGUUCACCGUGACAUCAAGCUCGAGAAUCUGCUUGUUGCCAACGAUGGACACUUGCUCGUUACCGAUUACGGACUCUCGGCUACCGGUUGCGACUCAGAUACUUCUGUGGAGGGAACCGUGGGCACUCGUCAUGUGAUGGCUCCGGAAAUCUUUCAAAAGCAGUGCUAUGGACCAGCUUCCGACUGGUGGUCAGUCGGUAUCACACUUUGCGACAUGCGCAGUGAGAGAUCAGUUUUCAACCCCAAGAAUAGCAGCGAGAUCGAGUACUCCAAAUCUACAUGCACGAAGCGUGCCAGAAUUCCAGUGGAGCUAAACCAAGGGGAGAGAGAGUUCGUCAAGAAACUUCUCGUUGCAGACCCAGUCGCUCGUAUUGGUUAUGGAACGAACGGUACUGAUGAUAUCAAGAAGCAGUUUCUGUUCCGAAACGUCAACUGGGAAGAUGUGCUGGCCAAGAAGCUGAUUCCGCCAUUUGUGCCAAAUGCUGAGCAAAUCCGCACAUUCGAGUGUUUGCCGUGUCCAACCAACUCCAAUUGGCCAACGUUCAUAUUUGUUUCGAACUGCAAAUUUAUUUUUGAUCUACAGAUAAAAAACUUGGCGCGAUCACAAUUGCAGGUCUAA